AUGACGAAGUUGAGGAGGAAGGGAAAAGGUGUUGCCGCUGUAGCUAAAACGAAAGAACUGCCCUUGGAAACAGAUAUAGCGAAGGUCGUCAACUGCUGUUGCAUCAACUACAAAAUAGGUGAAGAUCCAAUCCCGUUGAAACCCGACAGUGAAUACCCACAGUGGUUGUGGACCCUGAGAACGGACAGACGUCCUCCACCUUUGGAUCAAGUGGACAGAAAUUCAUACUACUUUUGGAGGCGUGUUAGACGUGAUAAUUUCCGACACUGGAAUCACUUAGCUAGUCUUGAUGGGUGGCACAGAAAGGAUCACCGAUCUUUGGAGAGUCAUGCCAAUCGGUUUUAUGGUGACUGGGAAACCGUGUCAACGGAUUGGUGGAAUUCCACACGUUUAGAAUCGAACAAUAAAAUUCAUGUUCACAUUUUAUACGUUCUGGUCGUGUUAAAAAACUUUGCACACCCCCACCCCCAAUAUGUCGGUCCUUAUCUUGUGACUUCUCGACACCCCAAAUAUUUCAUUACACAAUUUAACAAUAAAACUGCUACGGUCAGUAUCGAUCGUUUGAAAUCAGCAUAUACUGAUUUUGUUGACUCAGGACAUCUUGGAAACAACACCGAUGAUGUAAAGCCCAAAAACAACGUGACCGAAGAUUUCCCGAAACAAACUCAUGCUGGUCUCCAAACGAACAAUACGGGACCCCACGCUCCGACCGUCGCGUUCACUGACCUGAUAGUUUCGUCCCUGGAAAACAUCAAUCAUAACAUCAUUCUUCUUUCUGGGGGGGAGGGUAUUUGUAGCUAUCCCUUCGCCAACAUGUGA